UCUCAUUUGGCUUCACCGUAGGAACCUAGGGUUCCUACUUGAGCGAGCAAGCGACGGAGGGAAAGAGAGAGCGUGGAGGGGUUCUGGUAGGGGAGAUCAGGUGGAGAUGGAAGGAGAAUCUGAUUCCGAUGCUCCGGAGGAGUUCACGUCUCGCCAGGGAUUAGAGAAAGAGGAAGAGAUCAGGAAGAUUAUAAGAGAAAACAAAGCCAGGGUUGCUCAUGAGGCAAAAGAACGGCGAAGGCGACGGGCACAGAAGAAAUCACAACCUUCUUCAAAUUUGAAAGUGAGGUCAGUUGUGAAGGAGACAGAACUACCAGAUGAGCCAGAGGCACAGCCACAACCACAACAUAUGAGUGGAAUGCUUCCAGAAAGUAUUGUUAAUCUCCUGGCUGCACGUGAAAAACUAGUUUUCCCAGAAGUUGCUGAAGUUAAGGACGAUGACAGCAUGCCCCAGAAGAAGAAAAAAAAGAAAUCUGGAAGCAAGGGACUCGAGCCUGUAAUUCUGAAGGACCUUCCUGGACCUCAAUGUGCCCAGAAUUCCAUGGAGUUCUUGAAAAAGAGAAAGUUGGCUGUUUCCAGGUCAGCUUCAUCCCUGAGAAACCCGGAACAAGCAUUUCGGUAUCUUGCUAAGAGUGGCAUGCUUGGGAGUUCCUAAAGGCACGGUAUGUAACUGAAGCCAUUCCUAGGUGGAGUAUGGCUAUGAGUCGCCCAGAGAAUGCAAAAUUCUUGCUGUACCGUAACCCUUGUGGGCUUCGAAAAAGUACAUGGGUUGCAUUUGGAGGCCUGAUGGAUUUUUGCUAGGUUUCCACGGAUACGCAACCAUGGUCCACCCCUUUUUAUCUUGGUCGCCCUGUUUGGAAGGUGACAUUACUCAGGAUGACAGUUUUGAAUGAAUGGCUCAAAUGAAAUGAAUGAAAGCACUUUUCUGUUC